UUACUCUAAAUACAUCGUGGAGAAUCGAAAGACUAGUGAUGAAGUAAGUGACGAAGAACACAUCGCUUUCUUAACCUUAUGGCUAUCGCAGUAUGUCUUCUGCACUCAAUCUCUCCAAGUAGCCAAGAAAUUCAUCCCUAUGGCUAUUCAAUUACAUGAGUGCCAGCAAUUCAACUUCGCUCGGCUUAUUCUUGGAUGUCUUUAUGAAUCCAUGAGGGAUGCUUGUGAACAUCUUAAAAGAACAGGUGAUGGAUCCACCUUUUUAGGUGCUGGCCCUUUCUGGUUACUGCAAUUAUGGCUAACUGCCACUUUUCAUGCUGAGCUUGACCUUUUCUUGCCUGAGCCAUACUAUGAGGAAUCAAGAACACGUCGAGUCGAAGGCACGAGGUUGGCGAGAAUGGUGCCUAGGGAAAGAGGCCUUGGUUAUGAUGUGGCUUUCCAACAGUAUUUUAAUACUUUUCUCAGCCUGAAGAAGUUCAAGCCUAGCUUUGCUCCCUUUGUGGAUAGGCCACUUGGUCCUCCUUGGUUUACUCACAGAUUUCCUUCUCCACCAGAAUUUGAGAUGGUAACCAACAGCAUUUGGAAUGCUUACUUGAUGCCUACAGUCUUGUCUUGUCGAAUUGGCUUGACCUCUGGAGAUUUUGGGUUAGUUGGCUACUUCCCAAACCUGGUGUCUCGCCAAUUUGGCUUAACUCAAAUACUCCCUAAGAGCAUAUACUUGGAAGAGAGGGAGGUUUGUUUAGGCAAGCAUGGCAUGACAGAACCACAGUUCUAUUCAUUCUUGAACCACUUCAAUCAGCCUUCUUAUGAGCUUACCCCAUUCGACUUCGCUCCCUCACAUGCCUGCACUAGGGAAUUUUUUACCUGGUGGUCUCGACACUAUGAAGGACGCCUGGUUGACAAGACUGCCUUACUCACUGCUAUCUCUAAUGGGUUCGACUCAUCUAUUUUGAACAAGAUUAAGUCGAAAUUGAACGCCAGAGGUAUUCUUUUAGUUUUACUUUUACUUGCAUCAUUUUUACCUUGCGUGCUUUUCUCUUAUGCGCACCUCUUCGAUGCAGGGAGUAAGUCGAAGGCAGGUUCCAGCGACUCUAGCAAGCCUCUUCCUCCACCAUCUAAGGUUGAACUACAGAUUGCUUCACGCAAGAGGCCUCAUUCAACUGAAACUCCUUCUGUUUCGAAAAAACAAAAGCCUGUUCCAGCCACUUGUUCGAGUGCUCCAGAUAAGGUACUUAUCUAGCAAAAGACUUUUCUCUUCUUUUCCUUACCUGCGAACUUACGGAGUUGUGGCUUGCAGGAUAUUCCUGUUCUCUCGACCAUCCCCGAACAGACUACCGUUGUUACUACUCAAGAUCUUUCUCCCAGUGCUGAACCCAUUACUGAUGAGAAAAAGAAAAAGAAGAAGAAGAAGAAAGAACGCCAACCCACCCAAGAAAGUACUCCUGAGCGCAAGUCCUCUGAGAUUGAGGCACAACCUGAUACUCUGGCAUCACCUGAAGAUCCUCCUUUGGAACAAUCGGAGAG